UGUCGCAGUACGACCGUGUACUGAAUUGUAGGUUCUCCUUUCUCGUGUGCGGACGUGUUUUCCUAUUCUUAUCGUGCGCUGCGCGGUAGCGGAGAGGGAAAACUGCAAAAAGGGAAAAUCUGCUUCCACGCGUAGAAAAGGGAAAACCUCGAGUACGGAACCCAAGCCAAUUAACCGAAUCAAUUUUUAAGCAAACUCUAGGGAAAAAUAAGUGAGAGUUAAGUUUGUGAGCAGCCCACAAGUGCAUUUAACUAGCCCUACAGUAAACCCCUAAGUAUCUGUAAAGCGAAAGAGUCCGCAAAUCUCUGAGUUAUAUUUAGAUAAAGUCACUGUUUAUAUAGCCCGUAGUUAAUCAAAAAUGUGCUUAUCGGCCGAUGCUAAUAAGUCGGGGGUUCAGGUAAAUGAAGCUAACUGAUUGAGCAAAGAAAAAGGUGUGAAAGCAGCCCCAACAACAAUCACAACAACAACAGCCCCUCAACCAUACAAAUCGAUAAAGAAUUUAAAAAUAAAUAUCCCAACGACGCCCCACGACGCUCUAUUGUUGCGGCGUAAUCAUAACGUGUAAUCCAUGCGAUUCGGUAACAAAACACUGCCAAAGUAAACCCCAGAACCACCGACCAAAAAGCACCUAUGGUCUAAGCAAGGACCAACCUCAAGAUAACCGAAAGCGAAACGUUAACGAGCAUUUAACAGGUCACUUAGAGGCAGUACCAGUAGAAGUACACCAGUAACCAGUAACCAGCCGCAGUAACUGGGUCAGUAGAGGCAGGACCCCGACUACACCGAUUGCCUGCCAAGCCAUUCUCCAUCGAGGGCUUCAUCCUUCUUUUGCAUCCACCUUUUUUUCUCUUCAAAGAGACCCUGGACCAUGAACUCCUCGAGUGGUGACGAUGAGGCGCCCAAGGACCCGCGUACUGGAGGCGAGGACUUUACGCAACAAUUUACAGAGAACGAUUUCGAGGGACAUCGCGCACACACCGUCUAUGUGGGUGUUCAUGUGCCAGGAGGCAGACGCCAUUCCCAGCGCCGACGCAAGCACCAUCACAGCGGUCCUGGAGGGGCAGGUGGAGCUGGAGGCGGCGGUUCCGUCGGUGGCUCCGGCAGCAUUGGAGGUGCUGGUGGCCUCUCCAGCAAGGACAGCAGCAGUGAAAAGCAACAGGAAGUGGAGCGUCCAGUAACACCGCCCGCACAACGUGUACAAUUCAUACUCGGCGAGGAUGUUGAUGUCGAUGGGACACAUGUAUCGCAUCCUUUGUUCUCGGAAAUGGGAAUGCUGGUAAAGGAGGGCGACGAGAUCGAGUGGAAGGAGACGGCGCGCUGGAUCAAGUUCGAGGAGGAUGUGGAGGAGGGCGGCAAUCGGUGGUCCAAGCCCCACGUGGCCACGCUCUCCCUGCACUCGCUGUUCGAGCUGCGGCGCCUGCUGGUCAACGGCACCGUCAUGCUAGACAUGGAGGCACCCAAUCUGGAGGUGAUGGCCGACCUGGUCUGCGACCAGAUGGUCAGUGCCGGCACCCUUCCCCCCGGCGUCAAGGACAAGGUCAAGGAUGCCCUGCUGCGUCGACACCGGCAUCAGCACGAGUAUGCCAAGAAGACACGGCUACCCAUCAUUCGGUCCCUGGCCGAUAUGCGCAACCAUUCGUCAUCGAAAAUGGAUGAACAGUCGGGCAACGCUUUAGGGGCCACCACGCCUAUAUCUCUAACGGCAAGUGAACCGGGACCGCCUGGCAGCAAUGGCAAUACGAGCUUAACCCCUGGCGGCGGCAUGGGGCGUUUUCUGACAGUGCCCGGAAAGCCCAGCAACAGAACGCUCGAGGACAUGGUAAAGAGUCCCAGCAGCCAGUCGAUGGCACGUCCCAGCAGCGGAACGGAGCUCAACGAGCAGCAGCACAAGGGAAACACACACUUUAUGAGGAAGAUCCCUCCCGGUGCAGAGGCCAGUAAUAUUUUGGUUGGCGAAGUGGACUUUCUGGAGCGGACACUCUCCUGCUUCAUCCGCUUAAGCCAGGCAGCGCUAAUGGGCGAUCUGACAGAGGUGCCAGUGCCCACAAGAUUCAUCUUUAUUUUGCUUGGACCACCUGGUAGCCAGAGCAAUUUCCAUGAGAUUGGACGUGCCAUGGCCACCCUGAUGUCGGAUGAGAUCUUCCACGAGGUGGCCUAUCGGGCACGAAAGCGAGAGCAUCUGCUGGCCGGCGUUGACGAGUUCCUCGAUGCGGUCACCGUUUUACCUCCUGGGGAAUGGGAUCCCACCAUUCGCAUUGAGCCGCCGGCGGCUAUACCCUCCCAGGAUGUCCGCAAGCGACCACCAGAGCUGCCAAAGGAGGAGAUCGACGAGGAGGAGGAAGAGGCGCGACUCAGGGAGGAGAAUGGUCUCUCACGAACAGGUCGCAUCUUUGGCGGUCUGAUAAACGAUGUGAAGCGAAAGAUCCCCUGGUACUGGAGCGACUAUCGCGAUGCGUUUUCCAUGCAAUGCGUGGCAUCGUGGAUCUUCCUGUACUUCGCCUGCCUCUCGCCAAUCAUCACGUUCGGAGGCCUCUUGGCGGAGGCCACCGGCAAGAAUAUGGCAGCGAUGGAGAGUCUGGUGUCAGGGUUCGUCUGUGGCAUGGGCUAUGGCUUCUUUUCGGGUCAGCCGUUGACAAUAUUGGGUUCCACCGGUCCAGUACUGGUCUUUGAGUCAAUCAUCUAUGAGUUCUGCAUGAAAAUGGACUGGGACUAUAUGACAUUCCGGUUCUGGAUCGGCAUGUGGGUCGCCGGCAUUUGUAUCGUCCUGACCGCGAUAGAUGCCAGUGCUCUCGUCUGCUACAUAACCCGCUUCACCGAGGAGAACUUUGCCACCCUGAUUGCUUUCAUUUUCAUCUACAAGGCCAUCGAGAACGUGGUUGUAAUCGGGAAGAAUUUCCCUGUGAAUCAGGGCAUAUACGAUUGUGUCUGCAUACCGCCGCCAGGCAGCAAUGCCAGUGUUGUGGAGUAUGCCAAAUACAACUGGGAUUAUUGUGAGCCGAACAAUGGAACUCUUGUUGGCGGCGACUGUGGUACUCCACCCACUGAGAAUGUCUUCCUCAUGUCGGUGGUUCUGUGCACCGGUACCUUCAUCAUCUCCACCAUUCUGAAGGACUUUAAGAACGCCCUGUUCUUCCCCUCGGCUGUGCGCCAGUACAUCAGUGACUUUUCCGUGCUGAUUGCCAUUUUUGCCAUGACAUUCUUCGACUACUCGUUGGGCGUGCCCACACAGAAGUUGGAGGUUCCUGCAGAACUGAAGCCCACGCUGGAUUCGAGGGGUUGGCUCAUUCCACCUUUCAGCGAACGGAAUCCCUGGUGGUCGCCGAUCAUUGCCGUGUUCCCCGCUCUACUGGGAACCAUUCUGAUCUUCAUGGAUCAGCAGAUUACAGCUGUGAUCGUCAAUCGCAAGGAGAACAAAUUGAAGAAGGGCUGUGGCUACCAUUUGGAUCUGUUUGUUCUCUCAAUUCUUAUUGCCAUUUGCAGUGUGAUGGGUCUGCCAUGGUUUGUGGCUGCCACUGUUCUGAGCAUCAAUCAUGUAAAUUCCUUGAAACUUGAAUCGGAGUGCUCGGCCCCUGGCGAGAAGCCACAGUUCCUGGGUGUUCGCGAGCAGCGUGUGACACACAUCAUGAUCUUCCUAACGAUCGGUGUUUCGGUGCUGCUGACACCGCUGCUCGGUCACAUUCCCAUGCCGGUUCUGUUCGGUGUGUUCCUUUAUAUGGGCGUGGCCUCGCUCAAGGGUCUGCAGUUCUUUGAUCGCAUACUGAUCAUGUUCAUGCCAGCCAAAUACCAGCCAGAUUACAUGUUCCUGCGACAGGUUCCCAUCAAGCGAGUUCAUUUGUUCACCGUCAUACAGCUGGCCUGUCUGAUCAUACUCUGGCUAAUCAAAUCCUUCUCGCAGACGUCAAUUCUCUUCCCUCUCAUGCUGGUGGUGAUGAUCGGCAUACGCAAGGCCCUCGAUCUGGUCUUUACGCGUCGAGAGCUUAAAAUCCUCGACGAUAUUAUGCCGGAGAUGACGAAGCGAGCCGCCGCCGAUGAUCUGCAUCAAUUGGACGCUGAGGAUAAUCAUCAUCAGCAUCAGCAACCGCCUGGGGCGGGUACUGGCACAGGACCCAACUAUAAUCCGAAUAAUGCGGGUCCCACCACCAUACACAUUCCUCUCUCUGGCAGCAAGCCGGCCAGUGGCAAUGGAUCGGGCAUAAAUAUACCCCAAGAGGCGGUGAAUCGCACCACAGUCUGGCAGCAGAUCAACAAGGAUGGGAAUGGCAUAUCCGAGCAGCUCAUCAUACCAGUGACCGUCAAAGUUCGACAGAUCAAUGGAAAUCAUGCCUCAACAAAUGCCGCCCUCUCGCCGCGCCUAUCGCCCAUGCACGAGGCGGAUGAGACCGAAGUCACCAUCAAUACGUCGAAUUCAAGUCCACAGCAGCAGAUCAUCAACUGUAAGGAGGCGGCAGCCAAGCUUGAAGGAUCCACGGUCACCAGCCAGAAUCCGGCCAACAUAACACCCGUCUAAGGUCUACCUACCGAUCAGGAUCAGAUUUAUACCGAACAAAUGCACAAAACAUACACUCAAACACACAUCUACUCGUAUUGUAGUACAUACUUCUCAUAGAAAUACCAGUAUCAUAAUCUCUAAAAAGAGUGGAAAGUCUUUCUCUGUACUUUCUAUUCAAUAUAUAGUAGUAGUUUUUUCACCACAAACAUUUUGGUAACGAUUUUUAGCUGUGCCAGGGGCAAAGAAAAUCAUUGGAUUUUUGUGCUCAGGUACAAGCUAUAGAAGUAUUAUUUAUAAAUAUGAUAAAUAUAGUAACCCAAACCAUUCCAAGUAUACACAUUUUUGAGGCGAUUUUUUAUAGAGACUAUGGUCAAUUCCAACAAAAACUGAUCGAGAAGAUCCCCGAGACUUCGGUUCCACCGAAGCACAACCAUUUUCCUAUAUUUACUCUUCUUUUGGCUGGAUUCAUUCUGUGUUAUGGGGGGUUGGGGUAGAGUUUGAUAUGCUGUGAUCUGAUGUGAAUUUUAGGGGGGGAAUUUUAGAAGAAAGCCACUCAUUUAGCCUAGCCAAGACGGAGAAAACAUUGUAUUAUUAUUUAUGCCUUAACCUAAGUUACAAAAAAUCAGUACACAUCCCACACACAUCCAUGACUAUACCUAUAUAAAAUAUAACUAUAAAUAUUGAAUAAAAAUUAAUGUGGAAAAUACACCAAUUACCACAAGAAGCGAAAACAGCGAAACCGAAACCGAAAUAAAAUCCGAAACCCAA